AUGUACUGCUCUACUAUCCUCAGCACCGGCUUGUUUGCCGCCACAGUCUUUGCCCACGGCAACAUCACAAGCCCUCCAGCUCGCCUGCCCGGCCCAGCCAUGGCUAAGGUCUGUGGUCAAGCCGCCGUCACGGCCAUCAACGCCGACGGCACCGGACCGCUCGAGAACAUCCCCAGCAACGGCUCACCCCAGUGCAACAUCGGUCUGUGCAAGGGUGCUCAAUUCGCCGACAACCAGAAGAACGUUCAGCAGUACGCACCUGGCGAGCAGGUCAAUUUCGCUGCCGUACUUCCUAUUCCUCACGAAGGGCCGUGCAACAUCUCUAUCAUCGACACUGCCUCCAACACAAUGGUCCAGACACUGCUAGUCUUUGAUUCGUACGCGGACGAGAACUUGGCCCAACUGCCUCCCAACAACACAAAAUUCAGCGUUAGCAUGCCAACAGACCUGCCUGCUGGAUCUUGCACACAACCCGGAGCUUGUACUAUGCAGUGGUUCUGGUUUGGCACCAACGCACAGCAGACUUACGAGAACUGUGUCGACUUUGUCAUGACCGCAUAA